GACCUCGUUGACUUCCGUGUACACCGCGGCAUUCUGGUCUACGCCUCCCCUUUCUUCGCCGACAUGUUCUCUUUACCUCAGCCACGUCGCGCCGAGGACAAGUCUCAAGCGGAUCUCCCGAUCAUCGACGUCACCGAGAACAGCAUCACCCUCCGCCACCUCCUCGUGAUCAUAUAUCCAUUGGAAAAGCCCGUCCUGUCGACCCUCACAGAUAUCGUCCCCGUCCUUCAGGCCGCGCUGAAAUACGACAUGAAGUGGCCAAUCACACACCUUACCACUUUCCUUACCGCAUCCAUCGCGAAGUACCCGCUACAAGUGUGGGCUGUCGCAUGUCGCUCGGGUCUCGAUCAGCUUGCUAGGGAGGCUGCAGUGGAGAUCAAACGAUGCGCGGAGUCGGAAACAUAUAGCAGGAGCAUGGAGAAGAGUCCCGCGUUGGCUUAUCAUUACCUGCUGCAAUACCAUCUCGACGUAUCGCAAGCCUUGCAAGGGCCAUUAGAGCGCAUGUGGGAAACGUGGACCAAUGACACACUGUCCAUAGGGCCGCCCUAUGGCUCUCUGUUCCGGGAGACGCCGCAGACCCCCUUCGAUGAGCCCUCUGCGGAUAUCAUCCUACGCAGCGCCGAUCAUGUUGACUUCCGCGUACACCGCGGCAUCCUCCUCCAUGCCUCCCCCGUCUUCGCCGACAUGUUCUCUCUACCCCAGCCACAUUCCAACGAGGCCUCCCCCCAAACGGAUCAACCCAUCGUCGUUGUAACUGAGGACAGUAUCGCCCUUCGCAAUCUCCUCCUAAUCUGCUAUCCGGUGACAAAACCCGUCCUGAGCGCGCUCACGGAUAUCGUCCCCGUCCUCCGGGCCGCACUGAAAUACGACAUGGAAUGGCUGAUAGAGCAUCUUACACCUUCCCUCGCUGCUUCCAUCCCGAAACAUCCCCUGCAAGUGUGGGCCAUCGCAUGUCAAUCUGGUCUUGACGAUCUCGCCUUGCAAGCGGCCAACGAUAUCAUAAAUCGGGGAAACAGGCCUGGCGACAUAUCAGUCCUUGAAGCCAUGCUAGAGGGGCGCGGAGUGGCCGUAGCCUUACUAAAGGGCGUGACCGCGGGCAUGUAUUCCCGUCUUCGCCAGUAUGUUCGAGGCCGCAUCGGAUCCUUCACUAUCGAUCCUCCUUCAAUUCAUCCGACCGGACCUCCCAACGUGAUGACUGGCAAUCUCACGCUGGAGGCAGAAGCGUCCGUAGCCGCCCUCCAUCAAGAGCAGUUGACACGUGCCCGUUCCAUCCUUCCACGUUCCCCCCAACCCGAUGCACUUGUCAAGUGCUCCGACGACGUCACCAUCGAGGCUCACGCCUUCAUGAUUGCGCUUCACAUGCCUCACCUCACUCCUGACCCGGCCACUCAUGACAAUCAAUCCGAAGCUCCACCCCUUCCCAUCUACUCCACCAACACCCUUUCUUCUUCUGCCUUUAUCGACAUACUUGAGCUCGUGUACCAAGGGGCCCCGGACGGAGUCACAUGGAACGUUAAUCGGAUGGUCUCGGUCCUCGAGGCAACGCGCGAACUUGGGAUGAACAGGAUAUGGCCCACUGUCACACUCAUGUGGAGCAGGGCGAUUGUGCUCUCUCCCUUUCACGCCUACUUCGCCGCCGUAGAACACAAUCUUGAUCACGCAGAUAUCCUUCAGGCGGCACGGGGGUCUUUGAAUUCAUCAGUCGUUGAGGAGGCCUACAGUAGGAGCAUGGAGAACGUCUCCGCGUCCGCUUACCAUCAUCUACUGCGAUAUCACCUCGAUGUCUCGCAUGCCCUCCAAGCGACCUUGGAUCGCAUCAACCACGCCUUCAUCCGCCAAACACGGCCUUCCAGUCUCGUUUACAGCGGCCCUCAGGGCUACGACUAUGGCCAUGACUUCGCCAGGCCAGCGCAAAAGUGGUUGGCCUCCCGUCUUGAAGUGACCGUACCAUCCGUAGGGCCCAACCGGUCCAGGCCGUCCUUCACGGUUCGUCAGCUGAUGACGAGCUGUCCGUCUCCACCUUGGCUGGACACCAUCGGCUCGCAAGUCCGUCGCUUAUUCUCCGCGUUGUAUGACGUCGAAGACACGCUGCCUGCUGCUCUCAACGAGGCGAUCGCGAACGUAAGAUCCCUCUUCUCUCGCGUUCUUGCAUGCGCGACUAAUUUGCCAUCUCUACAGGUGAAGCUCACUAUCGGUGGAUGA